CAGGCUCCCAGAAGCGAGUGGGCGGGCGUGCGCGCCCGGCUGGAAAAUGGCUACGGCCGCCCGGUAGCCGCCGCCCAGGAGGGUGCUCUAGGGCCCGCAGCUCCCUCCCGUUUCCCGGACCGCCGCCGCCUCCUCCUUACCAUGGAGCCAGUGAGUCGCCGCACCCUGGACUGGAUUUAUUCAGUGUUGCUGCUCGCGAUCGUCUUACUCUCUUGGGGAUACGUCAUCUAUGCAUCAACAGUCGCUGCAAGACGACUGCUAAGGAAAGAAUACCCAGACAAAAUCUUUGGAAUGAAUGAAAAUUUGUAACGACUAUGGAUUUAAUUUUCUUUAAAUACAGUUCAUUUCCUCUUGCUUAUCCAACAAAUACGUAAUUUAUAAAUAAAAUUCAAAGUCAGAUUUA